AUGUAUUAAAAGUUUGAAACUACUCCCUUUUCAUAAUUUAGAUAAUAAUACUUUAAUAACUUAAGAGCGCAAUAAUGUUUGUUACCUGCGUUAGAAGAACUUUGUGGAGGAUGUAUUAAGAUAUAAUAAUAAAAUCAGGGACUUAAGAGACAUUAAAAUCAAUAUUAUAGAAAUUGACAAAAAAGAACUAAGCUCCAUUACCAUUAUUUUUUGAUUCAUCUUAAGCUAUGGAUUCAAUCUCAAAUAAAAAGUAAGCUUUGGCCACAGUAUUUUAAUAAUUUGAUUCCAGAGGAAUAGGAAGAAUUGAUGCUACAGAAUUAUUUUCAGUUAUGCUUCUUCUGUCAACAGGAGAAAUUAGUUAAAUAUUUUAUAGUAAUAUAGAUUUUAAUAUGAAUAGAUAUUGCUGUGAUUUUUGGUUCAGAUAAAACAAAUCAUAUAACUUCAGAUGAAUUUUUCUUUUUUAUUGAUUGUUUAUUUAGAGGAAUCUCUAAGGUGUUGAUUUGUAAGGGAGAAAACAAACCUUCCAAUUUAAAUAAAAGAUUGAGUGAUUAAGACAUUAAUAAGUUUAUGUAGUAAAUUUUUAAGGGAUAGCAAAAAGUAAAUAAAGAUGAAUUAUAUGCGUAAUAAUAAUUACAAAUAAAAAUAGCUCUGUAAAAUAAAGUCAAUAAUUAUACGAGUUUAUAGAAUAUAUUUCAACUUCAAUGCAAGCAUCUAUGGAAUAUACAAGAUAAUAAUCAUUAUUAAUGAUGAAAAUAACAAUGGAAGUUAAAAAAUUAAUGGCUUAGAUGUUAUCUUAAAUAGAUGGAACUGCCAAAAAGUGA